AUGUUCAUAAUCAACAUUUUGAAGGAUCUUGAAGCAUUAGGAGCAAGUAAUGGAACUUACUACUCAACGAAGUUGCGUAUCAUGACUACAUUUGCAUCUUGGAAUAAGACAGUGAAUAUUUGGAAAGACGGAAUAGUUUUUCAUCACACUUAUCGUGUAAAUGUCUCAUAUUUUAACAAGAUUACACACUCCUUUGUGCUGCUAACGAUUGAGAGUGUGUCAGAUUUAAGUACUGGGUACACUUUUUCUUGGGAACAACAGAAAUUUGCUGAAGCUGUUGAAGCCAUUGAACAUCAUUUAUUAUUUGCAACUCAUUGUCGUCCAGCCAAUUUCAAGCUACUUUUCGAUGCAGAAAUUUUCACAUCGACUAGCUGGUCAUUAAGCAAGACGAAACACCAGCUUCAAGUUCUGCACCCCCAAGUCUACAAGGAAUCGUUUUUAAACUCAGCAUUUACGCCAACAAAAAAUGCUCAGUUGGAGGAAUCAAAAAGCAAUGCACUAGACAAUGGAAAUAAUGAAUUUUGUCUACGACUAGGUUACUCGUUGGUGAUUUAA